AUGCCUAGAUAUUAUCCUACUGAAGAUGGGCCUCGAAAGCUGCUGAGCCAUGGCAAGAAGCCCUUCAGCCAGCGAGUAAGGAGAUUGCGGGCCAGCAUCCCUCCUGGGACUGUUCUGAUUAUCCUCACUGGGCGCCACAGAGGCAAAAGGGUGGUUUUCCUGAAGCAGCUGAGCAGUGGCUUGCUAUUUGUGACUGGACCUCUGGCCCUCAAUCCAGUUCCUCUUCGUAGAACACACCAGGAAUUUGUCAUCGCCACCUCCACCAAAGUUGAUAUCAGUGGCAUAAAAAUCCCCAAACAUCUCACUGAUGCUUACUUCAAGAAGAAGAAGCUGCGCAAGCCCAAACACCAGGAGGGUGAGAUCUUCGACACAGAGAAGGAGAAAUAUGAGAUUACAGAACAGCGCAAGGUUGACCAGAAAGCUGUGGACUCUCAAAUUCUGCCAAAAAUCAAAGCUGUCCCUCAGCUCCAGGGCUUCCUCCGCUCUAUGUUCCCUCUCACCAAUGGGCUUUAUCCUCACAAACUGGUGUUCUGA